UCCAUUAAUAUAUGUCUAUGAUGUUCACUUCAUAGUCUAUGUUUUAAUAUGGUUUUAAUCUAUGAUCAUGAUCUAUGCUUCAUAGUUCACUUAACCUACUUUGUAAUAUGGCUGUAAUGUAACAUUAAGUGAGUACACAACAUAAAUUUAAGGAAUUAUAUUUCAACAUUUUAUAAUGGAAUUCUGGAGGAUUACCUUAGGAGCACCAACAAAAAUUGUUGCUCCUAUGGUGGAUGCAAGUGAAUUAGCAUGGAGACUUUUAAGUAGAAAAUAUGGUGCGCAACUUUGUUACACCCCAAUGCUUCAUAGUUCCAUAUUUUGUCGAGAUUCUAAAUAUCGAAAAGAAAACCUGAUGAGUAAUGAUGAGGACAAACCCUUAAUAGUACAAUUUUGUGGAAACGACCCAAAAGUCAUGCUUGAAGCUGCAUUACUAGCUGAAGAACACUGUAUAGCUAUAGACAUUAAUUUAGGAUGUCCACAAGCUAUUGCUAAACGUGGAAAUUAUGGAGCAUUUUUACAGGACAACUGGGACUUAAUUUAUGAAAUAGUGAGUACCUUAAGUUCAAAUGUAAAAGUACCAAUUACUUGUAAAAUUAGAGUUUUUGAGGAUUUAGAAAAAACUGUUAGAUAUGCUAAAAUGUUGGAGUCUGCUGGUUGUAAAAUGCUUACUGUUCAUGGUCGAACAAGGGAGCAGAAGGGACCACUUACAGGCCUAGCAGAUUGGGCAUAUGUAAAAGCAGUAAGAGAAGCAGUUAAUAUUCCUGUUAUUUCUAAUGGUAACAUUCAAUGUAUCCAGGAUGUAACAAGAUGUUUAAAUGAAACUAAAGCAUGUGGAGUCAUGACAGCCGAAGGAAAUUUACAUAAUCCUGCAAUUUUUAUGUAUGCUAUCUUUCCAGUUUGGAUUCCUGCUUUAGAAUAUUUAGAAUUGGUAGAUAAAUAUCCUUGUCCCUUCUCCUAUAUAAGAGGACAUUUAUUUAAACUAUUCCAUCACAUACUUUCCAUUCCAGAAAAUAAACAUCUCCAGAUCAAUUUGGGAGCAGCCAAUACCAUGAAUGAUUUUAGGAAAAUAGUAAACAUUAUAAUAGCAAUAUAUAAACCUUUUCAUGAAGGAAGGCAAAUUUGGACAAAAACUGUAGAAGAAAAUAGCAUGAAUUUAAUACUACCUCCAUGGAUCUGUCAACCAUAUAUCAGAAGUUCUCCACAAGAACAUUUAAAUAAGUUAAAGCAAUGUGAAAAAGAGGCAAAGACUUUGGAGGACCUUAAAAAAAGGCACUAUGAGGAUGCCGAAGGAAACCCGAUAUCUAGAAAGAAAAUGAAAAAGUUACGCAGAAUUAGCAGGAGGCCUGAAAAGCCCGAAAAUUAUCAAUCGUUUAGAAGUUCAGAAAAAUGUACCACAUGCCUAAACCCUCUGGGUUCAAAAUGUGCAUACAAGCUGUGUAAACAAUGUUGCCGGAGUAAAUGUGAACAAGAAUGCAUUGAUUGUGAAGGACAUAGAAUCUUCAAGAAGAAAAACAGUCACAUUAAUCAGAUUACAACAGAUUUUAAAAAUAACGUAGGCGAAAUCUACGUGCGGUAACAAAA